AUGACACCCAAGCGAAGUCUAUCGCCCGUCGACGGGCAACAGCCUGAUCCAAAGCGCGCUCGACUGGACGAAUCCGAAAUCGGGGUGAUACAACUAGACGAUGACGAGAUUAGUUCGAUCGCUUCUUUGGUACCGAACCCGCAUUACCAAGCUAGAACAGGCCUUCAGCGUUCUAUCGCAAUGGUUCUCAAUCAUGAUGGGUUUGAAGGAGCAAGCCCCGAGGCAAUGGAAAGCUUCACGGGAAUGGUAGAGACUUAUUUGGAGGGCAUGAUUGAAGCUGCAAAAACUCUCGCUUUGGCUGCUCGCCGCGAACAUCCUAUACCCACUGACUUCGAGCAUGCGCUGCGACGGCACAACGUCAGUGUCUCAUCACUAAAACCACACUUGAAGCCGCCUGUUCCUAAAACACAAGUGUUUCCUGACUACGUUGAUGUUUUGCCUGAAGACCUUGACGCAUACACAACACUGCCACUUCUGGGCGAGGAACUCAGUGGUCAGCCCGACAAGGACGAGAAAGACUAUGUCCCGACUUCGUUCCCCGACUUUCCAAGCAAACACACAUAUAAAUUCACUCCUCAAGAAGACACCAGCAUUCGUGAUUCUAAGAAAAUACGCGAAGAGGCGGCAAGAACAGCUCAGCAGGGGGAGGAUGCUCUUAGACGACUCGUACGAGCAUCCAAGAUGCGAAAACAGAAAGAAGUCAAAACCCUGGUUGAACGCGAUACGCACGGGAAAGAGAGGUUCCGGCUUUGGGAAUCCACAAUGAAACGGUUCAUGGCGACUGAAGGCAGAGGGGAAAAUACUGAUCAAAUGGAGAUUGCGGACCACAGCAUGAUUGUCAACGGUGAAGCGCUUUUCGCGCGAAAGGAAGUGCCAAGAGCUGGCAAACGUUCAACCGCUUUAGCAAGCAAAAAGGUGACAUAA